GACGGCUCUCUGGAGCGUCUGAGCUCGGCCGAGUUUGUGUCCCUCUCUCAGGCGGUGGAGGGUUUCGUCAGAGACACAGAGGAGCUGUGCGGCAGGCGGAGCGUCUCCCUGAGGGGGGCGCUGCAAAGCCAGGCCAACCGCUUCGUCCACCGCUUCCACGAAGAGCGCAAGACCAAACUCAGCCUCCUCCUGGAUAAUGAGCGCUGGAAGCAGGCCGAGGUUCCUGCUGAGUUUCAGGAUCUGGUGAACUCCAUCGCCGACGGAAGAAUAACACUACCAGAACGCAAAAUCCCAGGUUCAGAGGACAGGAAGCCUGCUGAGUUUCUGCUCGUCAACGGGCAAAAAUACGCCGUCGUUGGGACGGUUCUGCUGCUGAUCCGGAUCUUUCUGGAAUACUGUCAGUGUGUCAACGACAUCCCAUCCAUCUGCACCGACAUGCUGACGCGUCUGUCGGACCUCCUCAAGCACUUCAACUCUCGGAGUUGCCAGCUGGUUCUGGGAGCCGGAGCUCUGCAAGUUGUCGGCCUCAAGACCAUCACUACCAAAAACCUCGCAUUAGCUUCCCGCUGCCUGCAGCUGGUGGUUCACUACAUUCCCAUCAUCAGAGCUCAUUUUGAGACCAAGCUGCAGCCCAAACAGUACAGCGUCCUCAGACACUUUGACCACAUCACCAAGGACUACAAUGAUCACAUAUCGGAGAUCUCUGCUAAGCUGGUGGCCAUCAUGGACAGUCUGUUUGAGAAGGUUUUAUCAAAGUAUGAAGUGAAGGCGCCGAUGCCCUCGGCCUGCUUCAGAAAUGUCUGUAAGCAGAUGGCGAAGAUGCACGAAGCCAUUUCUGAACUUUUACCUGAAGAACAGACACAGAUGUUGUUUCUGAGGAUCAACGCCGGUUUUAAGAUGCACCUGAAGAGGCAGCUGGCUCGACUCGGGGUGGUUAACGACGGAGGACCACAGCACGGGCUGGUGGUGGUGGACGUCGCGUUCUACACGGAGAACGUCCAGGCGCUGAAGAGCCUCGAGCGGCUCGACCUGAACAUGGCAGAGAUCUGGGAGCAGAAGAGGUGAUGGAGGACGGCGACGAGACGUCCAGAACCGACCGACCCGGCCACCCGGAGACGGGCUGCCGACCUCGGGGGCCGACGGCGGCCGGCUGAAGCUUGGGGAGGCCCCAAGGGACCAAAAACACAAAACUGGGAGAGGAGAAGAGCAGAAACACGCCGGGGCUUCCUGAACAGCUCCACCUUAAAAUACUCUAUGAAGCAACACACAGAGCCUCCUUAAAAACUGCUGCCACUCAUCUCACUGUGUGCAACAGAAAUACUAUUAAAUUAUAGUUUUAACGGGAGUGAAGGGUGUAGAUACUGUUAGAUAAUGGCGGGGUAAUUUAUUUUUCUGUCUUGAAAACAUUCUCCACUGUGGUGGACUUUUUCUCCAGCGGGGACGGGAUGUUGGAGCCGAAGGGAAUUAUCAUCAACGCACACUGAAAACAAUUUUUUUCCGCCGCUGGUUUCGCAGAUUUUUGCUAAAACCUCACAGCCGAGGGUUCAGGAGUCGGGGGGAAGAUGUGAUUCGCUCUGGAAAGAACCGGGUUUUUUUCUACUUCCUGCUCUGAAAGAAUCGACAGGUUUCCUUCACGGCGUUUCCAAACCUUUUCCUCGUUCAUCGUCUGGUUUGAUUUUUAUCCAGACGGCUGAAAACAGACGUGGUUUCUUUUAUACUCAGAACAAGAAGAUUUUCCAGACCUCUUAUGGAAUACCAGACAGGUUGAGACCUGGAGGAGCCCUAAAGAAGCAGGAGCUGAUUUUAAAAAAGUGUCGUUGAAGAGUUUACUUCCUAAACAUUUGGGGAAGAAUCAACUCUCAGCUACAUCCUGUUGCUACCAAAGUAAAACAAGUCUCUAAUUUGGAAAAUAAACUCUUCAACUGCACUUUUCCCCCUCUUCUCUUUUAAAACAAUCCAACCAUGCAUCAAGUUUCAGCUGAGUGAUAUUCAGGCCCCGGCAGAUGGUCAUUUUUCUACAUGUAGUUAAUUGAUGAGUUUUUUUGACUGCAGAACAUGAAGCAUGAAAUAAGCUGUUAACUCAAACUACUGUCGAUCCUUCUCCCUCCUGCUGUAGCUUUAUUUAAUCUGCAUGAGCUUUUUGUUUCUUUCCAGUGAGAAACGACAGAACAGAAAAUCUGAUUCAUUUCUAAAUCUAUCUACUAAAAUAUCUACUGUGGAUCUUCUUAGCAGAAUUUCCUGAAUGAAAGUAAGCGAGCGCUGCCUGGAAAGUUAGAAAACAAUCAUGUGAGAGAUCAUGUUUCCCCGGUGUUAUCAGUUGUCAAUCACAGAUGAUCACAUCGCGAGAUGUGAACCAAUCAAGCUGAAGUUUACCCGAAACAUUUCUGGUGCUGCUUUCAGGUGCUGUCAUCUAACAAACUGAAAACGAGUACUCCUCAUUUAUUCAUACUCAAACAUUGUCCUAAAUAAAAUGGUGUGAAACAUA